AUGGCGACAAUCACCUACGAUAUUGACCCGGGCGGCGAUGCUGAGAUCGUUCUGAAAGGCACCAUCAACACACAGAAGAUCAUACCGUACAUCGAUGGGGACAUUCGUGACACAGAAUAUGACGGCAAAGACGAUGCUUAUUUCGACAAUCCAUCCCUUGCUGGAAGAUACGCCGUCUUCAAAGCUGGUGAAGAUGAUACUGGUGAAGCCGGUACUGAGACUGAGGUUCGAAUGCGCGUCUCUUCCCGACACCUGAUUCUCGCCUCUCGUGUGUUCCGCGCCAUGUUCGAGGGACCAUGGAACGAAAAUACCCCUUCUGUCUCUGGCUCUGGCCGUCCUCAUAUCAUGGCCGUUGGCUGGGACUCUGCUGCGUUUGCAAUCGUACUGGACGCCAUCCAUGGACGCUAUAACGAUAUUCCAGAGAACGUCAAUAUUGGACUGCUAGUUCGAAUUGCUGUCAUAAUUGACUACUACGCAUUACACGAGUGCCUGCGACAUAUUACUAAUGUAUGGGUGAACAACCUUCAAGGAACCUACAAAAUACCCCAGACCUUUUGUAAAAGCAGCCUUAUGUGGCUUUCUGUCUCUUGGGUCUUCUCCUCGUAUGAUUUGGCGAAUUCUAUGUCUCGAGUGACCCUGAGGAAGGCCGCCGGUAUCUCAGGCGUAUCAUUGAAGGGUCUUCCCCUUGGUGCCAUUCUUGAAAGGAUCGAUGCCGUAAGACAGGAGCUUAUCGGCAGACUCAUAACUGCUUUGGAAGAACUCCGCGAAGCCCUUUUAAAAGAAUCAGGCUGCCCCCGGGGCCACGUUAGCUGUUCUACCAUGACGCUUGGUAUUUUGAUGCGGGUAAACCGCGAUCUCUGGAUACGUGACAAGUCUCUCGAGCCUCCAUACGGUACUCACAGCGUUUCUAGCGCCAUCAAGGAAAUAACGAGGUUGUCGGGACCUCUCCGGAUUUAUGGCAAAUCCUCCUGCUCAUGUACCAUCGAAUCGCGACUGAAGGGUAUUCUUAACGCAAUUGAGAAAGACAUCUCAAACUUCAGUUUGACCUGA